GUAGCCCCACCUCCUCCUCCCCCCGCCGGAGUCUGUCUUGUCUCGGCUCGCCCGGCUGCUCUCUGGAACUUUGCGCUCGGCUCGCCUUCCCUUUUGCCAACUUUUCCCCCGCCGCCGCUCGACGAGAAGUUCUUCUCCCGCCUUGGCGAAGGGCGCCGCCGCCGCGGGAGAGCGCAGAUCCCGCCAGAGGUGGGGAGGCGGCCCGCUGGGGAGAUGCGGUCGGGGAGUGAUUAGAGCGCGGGGCUCCUUCGUUUGGCCGCCGCCGCCUGCGCUGCAGCAACUUGGAGCGGAGCGGUGGUCGGCGCCGCUGCGGCAAAACCGGCGGAGGAGAAAUUCUUGCUGCUGCUGCUGCUGUUUCUGCUCCUCCUUUAACUGCGCCUGAAGCUCCCGCGCCGCCCGCUCGGUUGCUUUUGCCUUUGUCUGCUAGCAGUGCGAGAGAAAAAAAGAAGCUUUACUUCAUGGCAAGGAGUAAUAUCCUGCAACAGAAAUUGCCCCCCAAACUGGGCAGAAGGAAUCUUCAUAAAUUGUGACGUGCAGACCUUCAAUCAGAUUUUGCUGAAAUGGGUUAUACAGCUCGCAGUUCAGUCCUGGGAUUUAUUCUUAAAUCUACAAUGAUAAAUGGACUUAUGAUUGUUCCUGUUCUUGUGAUGAUAGCUUUUCUUUCGCCGAGCAAGGCUGACGACAAGCUAAAAUUAAUGACCGACUAUGAAUGUGUGUGUGAAGGCAUGUCAUGUGUGAACGGAGUCCGCUGCAGAGGACAUAGGUGCUUCUCCUCCUUGAGCAUCAACAAUGGAGAAAGAGUUUAUCAGAAGGGCUGCUUCCAAGUUUAUGAGCAGGGGAAGAUGACAUGUAGAACUCCUCCAUCCUCAGAUCAAGCAGUGGAAUGCUGUCAAGGGGACCUGUGCAACUUCAACGUAACAGCAGAGCUACCAACGAAAGGGCAUCCAUCUCAAGGGAAAGCUGUGGGUUACACCAUGGAAAUGCUUGUCAUUUUCAUACUGGCUCCCGUUAUGGUGCUGAUCGUAUUUUCGGCAGCAGCAGUGCUGAUCAUCAGAAAGAUCCGGCAGCGCCAUAUGGAAAGGCUGAAUUCAAGGGACGCAGAAUAUGGCACAAUUGAAGGGCUCAUAGCCUCAAAUGUUGGCGAUAACACAUUGGCAGACCUGUUGGACCAUUCCUGUACUUCUGGGAGCGGCUCAGGGCUGCCUUUCCUGGUACAAAGAACAGUGGCUCGGCAGAUUGCCCUGUUGGAGUGCGUAGGGAAAGGCCGAUACGGAGAAGUCUGGCGAGGACAAUGGCAAGGAGAAAGCAUUGCUGUCAAGAUCUUUUCUUCCCGAGAUGAAAAGUCCUGGUUCAGGGAAACAGAAUUAUACAAUACCGUGUUGCUGAGGCACGAAAAUAUUUUAG